GAGAGCGCAUAACAAACAUGGCGACAGGAUGGUACGGAGGAAAGGGGAUUACGCUGAGUUUUAUUCUGUUGCUGUGGCCCGGAGUGAGCGAGACCGAGAACGAGAGCAGUAUCUUCGGCAUGCGCUUGGAGAGAAGCGACAAGCCCGCGGCGACCACCGAUGACGGCAUCGUCCAGGUGACGGAGAACAGCAGAAUCCUGCUCAGGUUGUACGGGCUGCACAUCACCAAUGACACCUGGUCGCAGGUGAGGUUCGUGGAGGUCGGGGACGACAGCGAUGAUUCUCAGAGCAGUGAGAGGUUUAACAGGACUUGCGUUGAUUUCACCAAAGACAUCAUUAUUGAAAGCGGCGUGACUGUGAACAGUCAGGGGACCUCGGGGGUAUUGAAGAUGAAGACCAAGCUGUUGAGGAAAAGUGAGGUGCAGAAGGAUUACGCGCUGUGCAUCAGGAACGACCACGACGCCAAGUGGUAUCUGCUGGGAGAGAAUGAUGGUAGGAUCCGUGUGGUGGAGGAGAAGAAGUCCCUGCUUCCUCUGUGGCUUCAGGUGAUCGUGAUCUGCUGCCUUCUGGUGCUGUCUGGCAUGUUCAGCGGUCUCAAUCUGGGUCUGAUGGCUCUGGAUCCCAUGGAGUUGCGCAUCGUCCAGAGCUGUGGCACGGACAAGGAGAAGAAGUAUGCACGUAAGAUCGAGCCUAUUCGAAGGAAAGGUAACUACCUGUUGUGCUCGCUCCUUCUUGGGAACGUGUUGGUCAACACGACUCUCACCAUCCUUCUGGACGAUCUCAUAGGUUCAGGCAUCGGAGCUGUAAUCGCUUCCACCGUCGGCAUUGUCAUAUUCGGUGAGAUCGUUCCUCAAGCGCUGUGUUCUCGCCAUGGCCUGGCGGUCGGUGCCAACACCAUCCUGGUCACCAAAUUCUUCAUGCUGAUCACCUUCCCGCUCUCCUAUCCCAUCAGCAAGCUCCUGGACUUCGUUUUAGGUCAGGAGAUCGGCACCGUGUACAACCGGGAGAAGUUUUUAGGGAUGUUGAAGGUCACUGAGCCGUAUAACGACCUGGUCAAAGAGGAGCUGAAUAUGAUCCAGGGUGCACUGGAGCUCAGGACCAAAACGGUCGAGGAUGUCAUGACGCCGCUUUCGAACUGUUUCAUGAUUCACAGCGAUGCCGUGUUGGACUUCAACACCAUGUUGGAGAUCAUGGAGAGCGGGUACACGCGCAUCCCGGUGUACGAGGAAGAGCGCACUAAUAUCGUGGACGUCCUGUAUGUGAAGGACUUGGCCUUUGUGGAUCCAGACGACUGCACGACUCUGAAGACUAUCACCAAGUUUUAUAACCACCCCGUCCACUUUGUGUUCCACGACACCAAGUUGGAUUCCAUGCUGGAGGAGUUUAAGAAAGGUAAGUCCCACUUGGCCAUCGUCCAGAAGGUGAAUAAUGAAGGAGAAGGUGAUCCGUUUUACGAGGUGUUGGGAUUAGUGACCUUGGAGGACGUUAUUGAAGAGAUCAUCAAAUCAGAGAUUCUGGAUGAGUCUGACCUUUACACUGACAAUCGGAACAGAAAAAAGGUGGCGCCCAAUAAAAACAAGCGAGACUUCUCUGCCUUCAAGCACGAGAGUGAAUCUCAAGUUAAAAUCUCUCCUCAACUGCUAUUGGCUGCCCACCGAUUCCUUGCCACAGAAGUGAAUUUAUUCAGCCAAUCUCAGAUCUCCGAGAAGGUCCUGUUGAGGAUCUUAAGGCACCCUGAUGUUAUUGAGGAGAUCAAAUUCAACGAGAAUGACAAACGCUCACCUCAUCAUUAUGUCUACCAGCGUGGCAAAGCUGUCGACUACUUCAUCCUCAUACUGCAGGGUCGUGUGGAGGUGGAAGCUGGUAAUGAGAAUAUGAAGUUUGAGACGGGGCCCUUCUCCUACUACGGUGUUAUGGCACUUAAUGCCACAUUAGGGAAAGUUACUCGUCCUUGCCACCUCUCUCUAAUGAGGUGUCCUAUCUUCUCCCGUAUUCCAGAGUUCCGUUCACCAUCUCACAUCAGCGGUCUGAACCGUUCAACAUCUCUUAACUGCACGGAUCGCUCAGAGUCUCAGUCCAUUAGUGGCAGCAACACGCAGCUGAACAGUUCCCCCUCCAUGCAGUACAUCCCCGACUUCAACGUGCGUGCACUGACGGACCUGCAGAUCGUCAAGAUCACUCGGUCGCAGUAUCAGAACGGUCUGAUGGCGUCUCAGUUGGACAAUUCCCCCCAGUCUCCAGACAGCGGACAGAUGCGUGUGGAGAACAUCAUGCCUGCAGUGUCUCAGUCUCCAUCCGACAACACGCUCACACUCCCCAUGACGGACACGCUGCCAGACGAACACACGUCACUCCUAAACGAGCAGAACUGCUUGCCCACUCGCCAGUCCAAUCACAGCGAGAUCUGAUGCUCAUGCACAACCUUCUAACAGCAUGCUUAGAGACUACCAUCAAACACACUACUUUAUAUACACACCCUUUCCAUCCUGAUUAAUAAAACCGGCAGAUGACUGAAUUACAGACACAUACACCCAUAUAAAUUAUUUAACAUUUUGACAUUCUUCAGUCAUACAAAUUUAAGCUGCCAAAAGGAAGGGCAUGAACUGGAGGGAGGAAAAAAAACUGUGUGAUUGCACUGAGAAGUUAAGUCUGGAUCAUAGAAUGCCUGGACUGAGUAGAUUUUGAGCUAACCAUCCAUCUGGGCAUUUUAAAGACUGAUUUUUUUUUUUUUUUUUAAGGAGGAAUAAUUGUUUAGAAACCAAAUGCUUUAUUUUCUGGUUUUCAAUGGAAAAGUGUAGUUCAUGGGGAAAGCAGUUGAAUUCGAGUUUGCUUGACAUCAAAUUUACGGUCAAGUUAAAUAAAAGGUCAAAUAAAACCAUAGAUUAAAGGAAUACUUCAGUGCUUUUCAGACUAAUCUCUAUCCACUGCACAUGUAGUGUAUGUCUGAUGAACACAAAUAAGAAUUUCAAUGCGAGGAAAAACUUAAUAAAAGAGCAGUUGUUGGAAUGUCAAGAAACAGUUAUAUGAAACUUACUUUUUGAUCAAGUGUACUUGUAAAUUAAGCUCUAAAUAUGUAUAAUUUAUUGUUUUAUAGUUGAGACUAUGUUUUUGACAUUGAAGAAUGGGUUAUACACCACCGGUCAAAAGUUUAGACACUCAUUCUUUAUUUACUCCAACCCCACCCUCUAUUAUAAUAAUAAUAAUAAAGUCAUCAAAACUUUAUUGAAACUUUAUGAAAAAAAAGGUUUCUUAGUCACUCGCAACUUUAUAAAAACACGGAAAUUUAGUCAAUGCCGUUUAACAAUGGCCCUUAAACUUCCAUAUUUAAAGUCAUCACUUUCUCUGAUCCUUUCUUAGUAUGGGGAAAUGUGUCACAAUUAUUGUCUGUAGUAAUCAUGACUACACUACAGGUGUGGUAAGAAGAGAUUAAGAUGAAAGCACUGAACUGUUCCUUUAAGAAACUUGUGUGUUCAUCAUCAGCUGUUUUAAAGAAUCAACUUCUUUAAUCCUAAUCGCACCAAAAUCCAAGAUGUAUCUCAGGGAGACUAAGCACCACGUAUAUAAUCUAUAUGUUAAACAAUUCUGUUUUUCACGAUACAACUAUAGAACAAGUGACCGAAAAAACUAAAGCAUGUUGAAAUUUCAUCUCGUAUCGAGUCCAUGUAUUCGCCUACUGUAAGUGAACUUUCUAAUGGUCUGUGGACAUCUCUUCAUGUUUAAGUGAAUCACUGUCAAGUGAAACACUGUAUACGUGUGACCUUGACUCUAGUCAUUGUUUUGCAAUGACUCCAUAAUUGACUUGUUUUUUUUGUUUUGUUUUUUUCACUCCAAAGUGAGCAAGGCUAUAUCAGAGAAAGUGGAAUGCUUUCCUGUUUCAGAGGAAGAUGUCUUGCAUAAACGAGCUUUAAGACUUUGUGGUUCAACUAUUGAACUUGAAGGUAACCCACCAGAAAUAUAUAUAUAUAUAUAUAUAUAUAUAUAUAUAUAAAUAUAUACAUACUGUAUUUAUUUGACAUAUAAAGUCAAAGUUGUAUAUUUUCUUGUGAAAUGUACUUUUUUUUCUAGUUGUGUUUUAUUGUUCUUGCCUUCAGAACAUGUAUUUCAGAUCAACAGCAUAUCUUGGUACUGAAUCAUCUGUUUCACAUUUCUGGUCCACUUAAAAGACAAUCCGUAGUCACAUCCAAGCCAAAAAUAUCUUUAUUUAUAUGAAAUUGGAUCCGAAGAAUCCCGGAAAUGAUAUUAUAGGUUUUUGAUGAUGUAAAAUGUUCUUGUUUCAUUUGUUUUUAGGUUCUGGUUCUUUUUUUUCCACUGUGAGGAUUUUAUUUUGCUUUAUACCAAAUCAUCCUAAACAACCUGUAUGCAGGACAACAGUGUUAGCCAAAUAAAUAUCAGAAAGCCUCUUCUUCAUAA